GUCACCACCAAACAGAUAAAACACUGGCACUUUCUAUAUGGGGAAAGAGAGAAUCAAAGAACAAUGAUAUUUUGUUCUAACCAUCAAAAAGCAUAUUCUCAGUUUUCAUCUCCGCUCUAAUGGUGGAGGACAUCUUCACACGAUGCCUCUCUGAGAAUGUUCUUCAUGCUUCACAGACACACAGACAUUCUUUGGAGAAAUCUGCAGAAGCUUUCUUCGUUUUCUUUCCAAAGGUUCAUGAAGAUGACCAACAGUGGAACUCUCGAGCCAGAGGCAUGAGAGAAACUCGUACAUUUUCCCGAUCAUCACUCUCCAAGCGUUUUGUAUAUAUUCAAGAAUUGAGCUCUAUCAUUCACAAGUUGUAUAUUAGAUUAUAAUUUCCAAAAUCACUCAGAAACUUAUAUAGGCAUAUCAUUUUAAGUGAUAAGAUCCUCUGAAACGUUUAGACAAAAUAA